CCAGCGCGCUCGCUUUCGCUACAGGCUACGGAGGUACUUUCGCCUUUCGCGCGUUCUUCGGUCGGGUAUUCUUCUGUCAAGUAAUGUAACUCACACAAAACGAAUGAUGUUAGGACGCAGAAAUGAAAUCUGCUAGACGCACGUGAGCAGCAGAACGCGCAACGUGGAAACACUGUCCAAGCAGAGCAGAUCUCACAAUGGCAUCGUGCAAUGCAGAGCAGAAGAAGCUCGUCGAAGAGUUCGUUAAAAAACUACGCCGUCCGAAUCGCACUUUGUCGGCGGGAACUAAACUUUCGCUGAUGUCGCCCAAAGAGUCCACGGACCUAUGUACGAGGAACGCAGCAGAAGUGAAACCAGAAUGCCUGUUACAUUCCAGUGACUCUGACAGUUCGUUUCACAGCUUAUCACCAGAGAGGCGAUCUGACUACAGUACUUGCAAGGAAUCUGCCGCUAGUUCGGAAGAAGAAAUCGACCGUUCACCGCCGAAGAACCUGGCUGACACGAGUACGAAAUCACUCCGCGCUAUCGUCAAUUUCGCGCCACCCGUACGACAAAACGGAGACAACCUGUUCACCGCGGCGAGAGAUUUCGUCGCACACUUCGCGCAGCCGCACUUCGAACGGAGACGCAUGUCCGGCGUUUACGUCUGCCCAACCUGUCACAAAGCCGCAGCCACUUUAGAAUCGGUCCGUAAACUCAUCCGCGACGAGGCACAGGGAAGGCAGAUGAUAAUGAACAACACAAACUUCAUGAGAGUCCUCUUGAAGCUCUGCUGCAUCGACUCCUUCGAUGUUCCGAGAAUCUGCACGGUGAACGGUGACGAAAUGAAAAGUUUCUACCAUUCGGGGGUCGAGCGCAGCCUGGGCGGGACAGCCGUGCUCGUAGAAGAUGAUGCGGAGAGUAAGAAAUACUGGGAACAGUUUCUGGGCCCAGCUGCCGAGAGCAUACAGACAUUGACGUACAUGUUGACAAAUAAGAAACGUAGUAGAAACGAAUACGGGGACUCCUGCUCGUGGCCCGAAGCAGAGGCUGCGUCGAAUGAACCGAAAGACAAACUGGUUGGGGACAAGAAGAGGGCCGACCCCCUUGAAACCCCGGUGUGCCAUUCGGGAGACCUGACUGUCGUAGACUGCAUGGACGCUCGCCACCUCUGGGUCUACUGUGGAAGAGAGGCGAAGGAGAACGCAAGGACCCUGAACGAGACUCUGUCGCAGUUUCUGUCGCGCGACAAGAAAGAGUACCAGCCUUCAGUGGGCGACUUGGUUGCCGUGGUGACGAGCGAGGGCCGUGCAAGGCGGGCCUUGGUCCUCGCGCUGGCACUAGAUCUCGUGGACGUGUGGACCCUGGACUACGCGGAGUUCCUCAAGGUUCCGUGGAAGACGCUGGUGGACAUGCCCGCGUCUUUCAAGUGUAUUCCACCGGUGAUCAACCUUUGCAUCGUAAAAUACGUCCGUGGAGCUCCGUACCUGAACCUCCUGCGAGAGUGCCUCAAGACUGUCAAGUGCAUCACGACCCAUCAGAGCCACGAAAGGUCAGUUCACAGUGCUCUGGCGAACAAGCUGUCUCAGAUAGAAGGAUUCGAAGUCUUAGCCAGCCUCCUGAGCUGCCCGGACAAGGAGAUGCGUUUUCUUGCGGUCACUUGCCUGUUGCAAAUGUGCAGACGCCAGGCUGGACGGCAAAGGGCUUCCCAGGCUGGUUGCGCGGAGAAAGCGUUUGCACAACUGAAGAAGCUCCUAACGAGGUCUCGCACAAAUGGCAAUCACUGGGCUAUCAUACAGGAGAAGCAGUCCCUGGUGAAUCUCCUGCAAAACCUGUUCUUCCGCAACGAGGAGCUUCUGCUUGACUGGGCUGAUUCGGACAUGCUGGAGACACUUCUGAAGGUGCAGCGAAUGUCAUCGCCAAACACCUCCCUUCACAGAGAUGUCGACUGUUGCCUGCGCACCUUUCUUGGCCCCCUCUAUUUUGAGUACAGGCCGUCGUCUGAUGCCAAGCUGGUUUCCAUGACACCCGAACAGUUGAAAAUGACAGAGAGAAGUCAGCAAGGCAGCCAGAGAAGCACCGGCCAGCCCAUCGUGAGAGAGAGCGGUCCCAAGAACAGCCUGCCCGCACCCACUCAAGCCCAAGCCAGUUUCGUGAGCCCAAACCGAAAGCGACACUACCUUCGGGGCACCAUAGUUGACUUCACCACCGACGGCAACCACGAGCUGCGCCCCGUGACCAACAUGAGACUCGCCUCCGCUCGCACGCUCUCCAAGAUAAUGUGCUCGUUCCUCAACACCUGGUCCCCGUCCGCAAUUUACUACGGCAUCACGCACGACCGUUACGUGCGGGGUGUCUGCCUCACCCAGGAGGAGCGGGACGCCCUCCGACGGGGCGUCGACUUCAUGGCGGGCAACAUCCGACCCCACCUGACGACGUACAGCUUUUCCGUAGACUUUGUGCCGGUGAUGCGGACCCCAGCCGAGGUGUCCUCGGGAGCGGACACGCGCCUCUACGUCGUCCAGAUAUCGGUGCUGGGCGUGAAGAAUACCGUGUACACGAUGUCCGAGGGGGCGUGUUUCCUGCGGUCCGGCUCGACGACGUACCAGGCAAAAGCGCACGAGGUGAGACAGUGGAUCGCGCGGCAGGAAGAAGACCGCUGGCUGGCUGGUACGGCGGAGGCCUCCGCGGCGGGAACUGACGGCGUGUCGGCGGGUCCGUGAUAUGUACGGCGAACGUGAGGUUGAGUGUUUUUUUUUUUUUUUUUUUUUUAGUUAGCGUGGGGCGUUUUUUUUUUUUUUUUUUUUUUGUCAUUGUUUUGUUUCUGCAUGUGCACCUUGUUUUGGGGUGCAGUCAACAACGACAAAAAAAAAAACUUAGGUUGUGCCCAUGUACCGAACGCAGUUGCGGUGACUAUAUCAUAUUUUUGUACGAUACCGGGCACCUACUGUUCUGCCAGUAGGACACUAUGAUAUUAUACGCCUGCCAACUUAAUUUUAAUGUCAUUACUACCACAGUGCCUUAGGCACACGGGGCCUGAUUGCAAUUUUACAUCUGUGUGUAAAAUAUUACCCGCUGGUUAGCAGUUUGAUACAUCCGAUUUCAUUUUGUUUGUGUUCUAGUAGUGUUGUCAGUGAUUUUCACUGUUUGCUGCUUUGUUAGCCAGUGUCCAUAUGUCAUAAGUCCAUAUAUAUAUAUAUAAACUGAUUUGUUUCAAUUUGUGUGCUUGUUGCCAAGAUAAUGGCUGUGACUUUGUCUCACGAGCACUGCUUUGUUAGUCAUUCAGUAUAAUUUUCAUACAUAUUUCCAUACAGUUUGGUUUUUUAUGCCGACGACAACAUCCCAGUGACUUCCAAUCCAUAUUCUGACAUUAAUGCAAUAAACGAAACGUGUUUCUAGUCGUUACAUUUUA